GAAGAAAUGCAAACCUAUAAUAGUUGUUGACGGAACUUUCCUUAAAUCAACAUAUGGAGGUACACUGCUCUCUGCUUGUACACAGGAUGCAAAUGGGCACAUUUUUCCACUAGCUUUUUCUGUUGUGGAUUCAGAAAACAACAACUCAUGGCAAUGGUUUUUCACAAAAGUGAGAGAAACAUAUGGGAUUAGAGAGGAACAGUGCUUGAUCUCAGAUAGACAUGAGAGCAUAAGUAAGGCAGCUUGUCAAGUAUUUCCAGAAAUCACACAUUGCUAUUGUGUAUACCAACACGUUAAGCAACCUAAAAGCAACCUUCAAGAAGAAUGCAAGCAAGCUGGAUAAACCAUUCUUCGCUGCAGCCAGAGCAUACACAGAGAGGAAAUUUGAAUACCAUAUGAGCGAGUUGGACAGCUUGGACAUCCGUGUAAGACCAUAUUUACAACAAGUUGGAUACCACAAAUGGUCAAGAUACCACUGCAAAAACAACAGGUAUUCAACUAUGACUUCAAACAUUGCUGAAUCUCUAAAUGCAGCAAACUUGGCAGCUAGAGAGCUACCAAUCACAACACUGAUGGAGUCAUUGAGAGCAUUGAUUCAACAAUGGACAUACACAAACAGGAAAAAAGCACAGAAAACAACAACAUUUUUAACACCUACAGCAGAAAAGAAAUUAGUCGACAACUUUGUGGAAUCAUUGACAGAAAAUGUAAAACCAAUAAACGAGACCAUGUUCGAAGUCAUUGAACUAACCAGAUCAUGGGUCAUCAACCUCAAGGAGAAAACAUGCAGUUGCAACAGAUUCCAACUUGAUGAGUUACCGUGUGCUCAUGCGCUUGCUGUUAUAAAAGAGAUGAACUUGAAUGUUUACAACUACUGUUCGGGUUAUUACACCACGCGAACAUGGCUUGAAACAUACAGCGGCUCAACAUAUCCGGUACACAAUCACACAACUUGGGAUGUGCCACAAAACAUAAAAGAUAUCAUUGUUCUGCCACCAAACCAAAAAAUAAGAUCUGGAAGACCAAGGAAACGAAGGUUUUUAUCUGAAUGGGAUACAAAAAAACAUAACAGGUGCGGCAAAUGUGGACAACACGGACACAAUCGAAAGACAUGCAACAAUCAAGCAAUAAAAUAGAUACAUAUGAAAUAUUUGAAUUGUUAAAUUUUGUGUGCAAAUUCAAACAGGUUGAUCUGUGAUGCUCUAAAUACAUGGGAUUUCA